AUGUCUUCAAUUUUUGGAAGCUCAAACACGAAUUCUGAGGGUAGGUUCUCGAAUUUGAUGGUGAACCUUCCACAGCAACAAUUGCAACAACAACAAUCGAAUUCAGCAUUUCCACACCAGCAGCAAGUUCAUGCACCUACUUUAGUAGGUUCUGGAAGUGCGGGGCAGGCUUACGAGCAAAAUUCUGACAAUUCUAAGACUUCGUGGUUCAACAACCCAAGAAAGCGGACUAUCCCCCAAUCUAUCGUCAAGCGUUCGGCAAAAGCCGGACCUUCCGACAAUUCUAACGGCAGCGGAAACUCUGGUACAACUUCUGCAACCAACGGAAAUGGAUUUGGAGCCAUGACCUUUGGAACCAGGAAAUCCCCUAACAGUUUCAACCCGACCAAGAAAACACACGAAUCCAAAGACUCUUUGCCAAAUGCAAUUCUCAUAGAUUCUAAUGAAACUCCUCCAACUAAGUCCAUAUUUGACUGGCAGAGAGAGGAUGAAUUUGGUUCCAUGGUGCCAACUCAGCGACACGAUGCGCACUUACCAGAUACGCCAUUUGGAUCCUCUAAGGUAGCAGAUGCCUCAAUGCUUCGUAAUGUUUUCGACAAGGAUUCAAAAUUUGAUACAUUAUCUCAAGAUUCCAGCAGUUCACAGAAUGGUAUGACUGGCCCAUCUUUGUCACAACGGAGCGAGAGUGCUGUUAUUGUGUUUGGAUAUCCCGAAUCUAUCUCAAAUCAGAUUAUCAUUCAGUUUUCAAAGUUUGGAAAUAUUCUAGAGGAUUUUGAAGCACUCAGAGGUGCAUCGGGUAUUAAUGCGGCCACUUUGAGGCUCCGCAACAAACGGGCAAAUGGCGUUCAUCGCAAGUAUCCAAUCUUCACAGGUGAUGGCUGGAUAAAACUCACAUACGAUUCUCCAUCAUCUGCGCUGCGUGCUCUACAGGAGAAUGGGGUAGUUUACGGAGGGUGUUUGAUCGGCUGCGUUCCAUACAACAAAAGUGCCGUUGAGCAAUUGGCUUCAUGCACCAUUGAAAAGAAUGAUGACGUCGGUGGUUUCAACCUACCAACAAACACAGGGUCUAAUAUUGGACUCGGUGGCAUGAGCACAAUUUGCGAACCACGCACGGAAUUGCAUAAUUUAGACAAGAACAGCGAAUUCUAUUUGAAAACACAACGUAUAGAUAUGAGAGAUGGCAAGGCAUUGUUUGUGAACAAUGGACCGCGCACCGCAAACGGUCCAAACUUCCUGAAAAAUAUAGAGUCUAAGAUGCAAGAUCAUCAAGACGACAGCCAACGCCCCAACGGAGUCAUGGGAAAGGUCAAUAACUGGCUCUUCGGUUGGAACGACUUGUAA